UAGGACGCAGCUGCCGUGCUGGUUGUGGUCGGAGCUAGUAAAAAGCUAGAAAGGAAGGAAUCAGGAAAUCUCUGGCAUCGUAGAUAAACACCCCGAAGAGGUGUGAACCCAGCUAGCACACAGCUGUCACAAUACCAAGAGAACAGUAAAAAGACCCGAUUGAGUCCAUCAUACAGCGAGGGUCAACAUGUCUGAGACAUACGACUUCCUGUUUAAGUUCCUGGUGAUUGGCAGUGCUGGGACAGGGAAAUCCUGCCUCCUUCACCAAUUCAUUGAGAACAAGUUUAAACAGGACUCCAACCACACCAUCGGCGUGGAGUUUGGUUCCAGAGUGGUCAAUGUUGGUGGAAAGACGGUCAAACUGCAGAUCUGGGACACUGCUGGGCAGGAGCGAUUUCGUUCUGUUACACGCAGCUACUACAGAGGAGCAGCUGGCGCGCUUCUCGUCUAUGAUAUUACCAGUCGGGAGACAUACAACGCCCUAACCAACUGGCUGACAGAUGCACGGACUCUGGCGAGCCCCAACAUUGUUAUUAUCCUGUGUGGCAACAAGAAAGACCUUGAAGCAGACCGAGAGGUGACCUUCCUGGAAGCGUCACGCUUUGCUCAGGAGAAUGAGCUGAUCUUCCUGGAGACCAGUGCUCUGACAGGGGAGAAUGUCGAGGAGGGUUUCCUGAAGUGUGCUCGCAUCAUCCUCAACAAGAUAGAUUCAGGCGAGUUGGACCCAGAGAGGAUGGGUUCAGGCAUCCAGUAUGGAGAUGCUUCAUUGAGGCAGCUGCGGCAGCCGAGAGGCACCACCACCACACAGAACAAGCAGCAGUGUAAUUGCUAGGGAUCGGGGCCCCGCCCUCGCCUCAGCCCACGGGCCCACACAGACAGGACGCCCUCUACAGGUGUUUUUUGGUGUGUGGGACCCUUCUCUCUGCAGUCUCACACACCUUGGAUCACCAGGAUGAGUGGUCAUAGAGAUCACUGCAACCCCUGACCCCUGACCUCUGGUAAGACUCUGUACUUCUAACCUGAGGGGGGUCAGCUUUGCCCCUGUGUCUGGGCAGGGACACCCCUCCGAGUUAACACGCUGGGAUCAUAAAGAAGAGGAAUCUUUUUAAACAAAAAAAUGGUUUCUCAGUGACUUACCAGACAGGGACGAGUCAAGGGUUGUGUGUAUGGGCUGCCCUAUUGUUGUUUUAUCUCUGAGCUUUUCAUUUUGAUUUAAAUAACACCUAUAUGCUUUCUAUGUUUGCACAUCAUUGUUUGUAAAUUAUUACUAUUGGUAAGCUAUUUUGUGCAUAAUGAUUGUUCAACCUAUCAGGAAAGGAAUUUCAUGAUUAGUUCGGUCAGCGCUUUUAAGUUUUCAUAUUCAUAAAGGCAGGCUUUUUACUAUCCAUAAUUUGAGUUAACUGUGCUUUAAAUUCAUUGAUAGUGACUAAUUGAUAAACAGUCCAAAUGUAUCCUCUUUAUAAUAUAAAUGAAGUCAACAUGCACAGAUUUUGGUUUAGAGUUCAUACAUAUAUAUAAAACCAGAUACAGAUAAUUCUUCCAUAUCCAAAUGGAAGCAGCUGAUGAGUGAGUUUAAGUGUAGUUAAGAUUUUUUUAAAGUCAUACAUGCCCAAAUGUAGAGCCCAGUUGUUUUACCCACUCUGAGGUGUGUGUUACGUUGAGUAAUUAAAAUUUUUGGUUCACAUUCAAAUGCACUAUUAUGACAUAGAGUGUUGGCCUUAGUAAUAUACUUGAUAUUGUGGAGCUACAGUAUAUUAUUCCUCGUCAUCAUGUCCCUAAACAGUCGAAGGGAACGGCCCCAUCACUCCACAUAGAUGAGCCUGUGGGUCAAGUUUAAAGCACACAAAAAAAGAGAGAUUUUGCUCUUUAUUUUACUCCAAAGUUCCCAAAGUCUGCAUCAUGAGACUUAGCCUAUGGUAAAGUCCCAGUGUCUCUGGUCCUUUCGCAGUGGAAAGUUAAGAAAGGGUCAUCAAUCUUUGCAAAACUAACACUGCCUUUUGACUCCUCCUGCUGGGCUUUUUUUCUCCAUUUGUUUUUGACCUCCUUUUAAUUCACAUUGCGCAUUCUGCGUAAGGGACGUCACAGGAAGCCACAGUUGGUUUGCCUCAGUGCCAUGUUUGGGGAAACUUUCGUGCUGCCCACUCAGUUAUCUCAUAGAGGCUUGACACUGUUUAAUCAAGCAAGGUUGUAAGUGCGCCUUGAUAAAAGUCAGGAUGCUGUUUUUAACCUUUUUUUUUUUUUUCUUUUUUUUUUUUGAGGUAGUUUUCACGUCUCCUUAUCAAGCAGCUCUACUCUGCUAUAAAAUGUCUUUGAGUUUGCCGAGCCGACCCAGAUGUUUUCUCCUUAGAACAGACCCUGUGUUGCCCCAGAGAGGAUCAGGGAAUUUCCACUAAAACGUGGUUUCCUCUUGUGGUCUUGGCGGCAGGAGAAUGAAGUUGAGUUAAUAAGUUAAAAACAUCCCGCCCCACUGUUGAGUCAAAGGCACUUUUUCUGUCUGAACCACUGAGAGCAGAUCAUACUGACCCAGCCAAGAGGAGAUCAAAACAAACCGUAUCUUCUCCUCCGGUGUUAGCAUAUGUCCUCCCAUACAAACCAUAUGCGUUUUUUUAGGUGAGCCAGCACACUGAACGGGAAAAAAAGCUGGUGUGCAAACAUGAGAUAUUAAAGGAUAUCAAGAGACAGGUGGUCAAAGGUUUUUAUUAGUUUUCAUAAAAUAUUGGCAUUGUGUGAUAGUUUGUCUACUUCUGCAAGUGCACUUUUACUUUUGAAUUUUGAUGUUUUGUUAUGUUUAUAUAUGCUGCAGCAACUAUAGAAUUGUACAUUUUAUUUUACUUGAACGGUAUACUGUAAUAAAGAUUUUAAUUGUAGAUGUUAUCAUUUCUUACUAACUAACAACUGAGAUUCUUCAUUUGAUUUCCUUGUUUAUGCUGACGCGGGACAAGGCUGCUGUAGCAGUGAGAACUGCUGCUGCCUGAGGUUCUGUUUGUUUAUUGGCCGCUGCUGACGUGGAGGUAGUGAUGAUGAAAUGACAUGUUCACUUCCUGAGCUGUAGGAGUCCAUCAGCAGCGACUCCGAUCACUCAUAUUCACAAGUUGUCAUUUAUAUUCACUCAUCAAGUCCUUUAAAUGGUUGAAUGCUGUUGACCCAGAGUCAGCUUGCAUUCAUCUGUAUUCAUUGUACAGUUCAUAAGCAGUCAUCAAAAUAGAGAGAGAGCCAUAAGAGCAUCAUUUUUUUCACUUCCUGUCUAGAUUCAAUCAUGUGGUGAACGCAAUCCAACUCAGUUGUUGCUUAGUAACUAAUGUUGUGUAAUCAACCCAAAAUACUACUGUACAUCUCAAGUAACCUAUACUGUAAAUAAGAUUUUGUCUAUUUAGGGUGACUGUUGCUCAUUGAUUGUAAUGAAUAUGCAAUUCCCAGUAAACUGCUUGUUUUUUCAGUUAGUCCUUUUCA